AUGCGUGUGCGUGUUCGAGCUGGUACCCGCAGCUUCGGCAUCGGUCCAUUGCCACAUCGAGAGGAUGAGGACAUGGAGGACGACUCUACGGCUCAGCAGUCCACAACCAAAAGCAACGAGCCAACCGGCCAUGAAAAUAGUGAUGAUAGUGAUGAGGAGGAGGAGGCACGACCCCUUCCCACUUUCCCAGAGCUGCAGGUGGCCAUUACCAAAGCCAUCGCUGAGCUAGGCGGCGAGGUCUUCCCCAAGCUCAACUGGUCUGCUCCCAAGGACGCUGUAUGGAUUUCCCAAACCAAUAGUCUCAAAUGCCGAACGGCCGGAGAUGUCUUUCUUCUCCUCAAAUCAUCCACGCAUGCCCAGCACGACCUGCUGCACGCCUACCGCUGCUGCCAACCGCCACACGAGGAGCGCCGACCAGAGAAAGUGUUUCUCGUGCUCAAAAACUACUGGAGCAGUGCCCCUAGCCAGGAGUUUCGCUGCUUUGUGCGACAAGGCCAAUUGGUCGCCAUCUCCCAACGGCACGUCGACCAACACUUUCCCAACUUGGCACAGCUUGCGACCGAUAUUCGCUUCCAGUGCUACCACCUAUAUCAUGACGACAUCAAGCGGGUGGUAUCGCAGCCCCACCUGAGCUUUGACGUGAUCUGUGAUGGCAACCGAGCCAUCCUCCUUGAUAUCAAUGCUUGGACCGGCGACAGCGACCCCCUGCUCUACACGUGGCAGGAGCUCGAGGCUCUGCCCGCUGCCACCUCCAACAGCGAACGUGACCCCGAGCCAACUACCUACUGCACGGAUGAGGAGCUUGAACAGUUUAUGCAAGCGCACCAGGCUCAAGAGCGGGCCCAGACCGGCGAUGCCACCCUCGCUGCCGUGGAACCCACGCCCAUGGUUGAGCGCACGCAAACCGACCGGCUCAACGCCCAUCUCCUGUCUGCUUUGAUGCGACAACUCGACGUCAACGGCUCGCCUGGAACUGUCGGUGAUGACCAGGAUGCGGGGGACGACCAAGAUGAAUGGGCUGAGGCGCCCACUUUGCAGGAGGACGAGGAGUCGGUGGGUGAUGACCAUGCCGCCAAGAACGAUGAGGACAAUGCUGAUGACACAUGGGCGCGGCAAGCAGCCAUUGUUUUCCGAGUUGUCGACGAUCCACAACCCCUCAAGGGAGCCAGCCUGGCCACACACGCCUACCCACGCGACGUGGUCGAGCUGGCUGCAAACGGCGAUGUCGAGGUCAUGAUGCAGGCCCUCGUCCAAGCCCAACAAGCCCAGAACGAGGACAAGUAG